AUGGGGCUUUUCAAGCGAACUCCUAACAGGGAGGCCACUGUGCUCGCACAAGAGGAGGCUCCUCAAUUCGAAAAAGUUGACUGGAUGAAGGAGCCCGGUCUGCGGAAGCUGUACUUUUACGCAUUCGUUCUUUGCGUUGCCUCUGCCACCACUGGUUACGAUGGCAUGUUCUUCAACUCCGUGCAGAACUUCGACUCCUGGAAGGAUUACUUCGGUGACCCGCACGGUUCUAUGCUCGGUCUCCUCGGUGCUCUGUACCAGAUUGGCUCUCUUUGCUCCAUCCCCAUUGUUCCCAUUAUCGCAGACAGAUGGGGCCGAAAGCCCCCAAUUGCAAUUGGAUGUGUGAUCAUGAUUGCCGGUGCUGCUAUGCAGGGUGCUUGCCAGAAUCUUGGAACUUUCAUGGGCGGCCGUGCUCUCCUAGGUUUCGGUAACUCCCUGGCUCAACUCUCUUCCCCCAUGCUUCUCACCGAGCUUUGCCACCCUCAACACCGUGGUCGUCUCACAGCCGUCUAUAACUGUCUCUGGAACGUUGGAGCGCUCAUCGUUUCUUGGCUCGCAUUCGGCACUGACUAUCUACACAAUGAGUGGUCUUGGAGAAUUCCUGCCCUCAUUCAGGCCUUCCCUUCAAUCAUCCAGAUCAUCUUCAUCUACUGGGUGCCUGAGUCGCCACGUUUCCUCAUGGCCAAGGACCGGCACGAGGAGGCUCUUGCCAUUCUUGCUAAGUACCACGCCAAUGGCAAUGUCAACCACCCCACCGUCCAGUUCGAGUACCGCGAGAUCAAGGAAACCAUCCGGCUGGAGAUCGAGAGCAAGGCGAAUAGCAGCUACAGCGACUUCUUCCGUACUAAGGGAAACCGUUACAGAUUUGCCGUUCUACUGUCACUUGGUAUCUUCUCCCAGUGGUCUGGAAAUGCCAUCAUUUCCAACUACUCCAGCAAGCUAUACGACACAGCUGGUGUCACAAACUCGACCAAGAAGCUCGGUCUAUCGGCUGGUCAGACUACUUUGGCUCUCUUCGUCUCCAUCUCCAUGGCUCUGCUCGUCGACAAAGUUGGACGUCGUCCACUCUUCCUGGCGGCUACGGGAGGCAUGUUUGGAACGUUCAUCUUCUGGACUCUGACCUGCGGUCUCUACGAGGAGCACGAUGCGCCGGGCGCUAGCAACGCUAUGAUCUUCUUCAUUUGGCUCUUUGGUGUUUUCUACUCUCUGGCCUGGUCUGGUCUUCUGGUCGCCUACUCUAUUGAGAUCCUGCCUUACAAACUGCGCGCCAAGGGUCUGAUGAUCAUGAACAUUUCCGUUCAGUGCGCUCUCACUCUCAACACCUACGCCAACCCUGUUGCAUUCGACUACUUCGAGAACCACACCUGGAAGUUCUACCUUAUCUACACCUGCUGGAUCUUCCUCGAACUUUGCUUCGUCUACUUCAUGUACGUCGAAACCCGGGGCCCAACCCUCGAGGAGUUGGCCAAGAUUAUCGAUGGCGAUCAAGCCGCUGUGGCUCAUCUCGACAUCCGCCAGGUCGAGAAGGAGGCUCAGAUCCACGAGGAGCACACCACUCUUGGCGAGAAGGUCUAA